CGCUAGUUGAUGUCAGAAAAACGAACUCGAGGCUCGAGCUACCUGCUGGAAUACCGAGGAACUGAUCCGCGAAACUGGCACGAGCGACCUAAUCCACUAGCGACAUGCGGAGACACUUUAGGAAAAGCGCUUGCGAGUAACUUAAAAUAAUUAACUUUAUCAGAAAUAUAGUACACAUAAAACGCACUGGUUCCGUUUCACGUCGCAGUUAAGUGUGUUGCAGGAAUGCGUUGGAGUUUUUGGUCUGGUCGACUCCAACAGAUGCUCGCCUUUGAACAACAGCAGCGUUGUUUAUGAACUGGGGAAGAUUUGAAGUCAGGCUCAGCCAGUCCUGAGCGCCCGGGAGAGGGGGAGAGGAGACGAGGGGAGGGAGGAGAGAGGCGGGGAGGAGAGGAGAGGGGCGCCCAGAAAACGCCCUGCUGCUGAAUCCUCUCAAAAUUAAAACUUUAUCGCGCCAUUGACGGUACGCUCGCAUGAAAGGAUGGGAAGUUUGAUCCCUCUCAGUUGUUUAAAGUAACCACUUAAUAGAUUGUUUUGAGGGGAAGUUUGGAAAGCCUCAGUUGUUCCCAUUGGAUUAUUUUUUUUUUCUUGCUUUAUUCUGGACAAGCCCGGGGUACUUUUUGGAGGGCGGCGAGUCGGAGGCUGUCUAGGCCCGCUGCUCGAUAACUUGAAAGAAGAUCUUAUAUCUUUAUGUGAACCAGAAAAGUUGUGCAGAUCGCUCUUCAUUGCUCAUACUGGCGCCAGGACAAGGUAAAAAUGUCGCUAGGAGCGGAGAGAAGGAUGGAAAACCGGCUGAGACAACUGGAAGCCAUGAUCAAAGAGCCGCGGUCUGCGAUCAACUUGGAAAGUUUGCUGGACUCCAUGAAUGCCCUGGUUUUAGAUCUGGACUUUCCGGCCUUACGUAAAAAUAAGAACAUUGAGACCUUCUUGAACAGAUAUGAGAAGGUUAUGGGCCAUAUAAGGGAGCUCCAGAUGAAGCCAGAAGAUUUUGACCGAGUGAAGGUGAUCGGUAGAGGAGCAUUCGGAGAAGUCCAGUUGGUUAGGCAUAAGGCCUCUCAGAAGGUGUAUGCAAUGAAGGUGCUCAGUAAGUUUGAAAUGAUCAAACGCUCAGAUUCUGCCUUCUUCUGGGAGGAACGUGACAUCAUGGCAUUUGCCGACAGCCCAUGGGUCGUACAGCUGUGCUGUGCUUUCCAGGAUGAUCGUUCUCUCUACAUGGUAAUGGAAUACAUGCCAGGAGGUGACCUAGUCAAUCUCACCAGCACAUACGACGUUCCAGAGAAGUGGGCAAAGUUCUACACUGCUGAGGUUGUGUUGGCUUUGGAUGCUAUUCACUCCAUGGGCUUUAUUCACCGAGACGUCAAACCAGACAACAUGCUGCUGGACCGCUAUGGACACCUCAAACUUGCCGACUUUGGGACCUGCAUGAAAAUGGACGGGACGGGGAUGGUUCAUUGUGACACUGCGGUUGGAACCCCUGAUUACAUCUCGCCGGAGGUUCUCAAGUCUCAGGGAGGGGACGGAUACUACGGACGCGAGUGUGACUGGUGGUCGGUGGGAGUAUUUAUCUACGAGAUGUUGGUUGGUGAUACACCGUUCUACGCCGAUUCUCUGGUGGGGACCUACAGUAAGAUUAUGGACCAUAAGAACUCUCUUAACUUCCCUGAUGAUGUUGAGAUCUCUCAAGAAGCCAAAAACAUCAUCUGUGCCUUUCUAACUGACAGGGAGGUUCGCCUGGGCCGAAAUGGUGUAGAAGAAAUUAAAAGACAUCCUUUCUUUAGAAAUGACCAGUGGACCUUCAGCACCAUUAGAGAGACUGCAGCCCCUGUCGUUCCAGAGCUGAGCAGUGACAUAGACACCAGUAAUUUUGAUGAGAUAGAGGAGGAUAAAGGAGAAGUGGAGACCUUUCCCACACCCAAAGCCUUUGUUGGCAAUCAGCUGCCCUUCGUGGGGUUCACCUACUUUAAAGAAGACCAGUUGUUGAAUGCUGUUAACAGUUCAGCAAUGAAAAAUGAUCUCCCAGUAUCUAAGAGAGAGGACAAUUUAGCACUCCAGAAGAAAUUACAUUCUCUAGAAGAACAGCUCAAUAUUGAAAUGCAGGCCAAAGAUGAGCUGGAGCAAAAACACAGAAGCAACUGUAGCCGCCUAGAAAAGAUCACCAAAGAGCUUGAUGAAGAGAUAAAUGGCAGAAAAGUGUUGGAGACGUCUCUGAGACAGCUGGAGAGAGAGAAAGCUCUCCUGCAGCACAAGAGCGUAGAAAGUCACCGCAGAGCGGAGAGUGAAGCCGACCGCAAACGCUGCCUGGAGAAUGAAGUGAACAGUCUGAGGGAUCAGCUGGAUGAAAUGAAGAAGAAAAACCAGAACUCACACAUCUCCAAUGAGAAGAACAUCCACUUGCAGAAACAGCUUGAUGAGGCGAAUGCAUUACUGCGGGCAGAAUCUGAUGCGGCAACUCGGCUGCGUAAAGCUCAGACAGAGGCCUCAAAACAGCUGCAGCAGCUGGAGGCUCAUGCAAGAGAACUGCAAGACAAAUGCUGCAUGCUGGAGAACAGCAAGCUCACGCUGGAGAGGGAGAACAUCAGCCUGCAGGCAGCGCUGGAUACAGAGAAACGAGAGCAAACCCAGGGCUCUGAGACUAUCUCUGAUCUACAGGCACGAAUCUCUGGUUUGGAGGAAGAAGUGAAACAGGUGAGACAAGCCCUGUCUAAAGCUGAGACAGAGAAGAGGCAACUUCAGGAGAAGCUAACAGACCUGGAGAAGGAGAAGAGCAAUAACCAGAUUGACAUGACCUAUAAGCUGAAGGUGUUGCAGCAGGGUUUGGAGCAGGAGGAGGCGGCACACAAAGCCACAAAAGCUCGACUUGCUGACAAGAACAAGAUCAGCGAGUCCAUUGAAGGAGCAAAAUCAGAGGCUGUGAAGGAGCUUGAACAAAAGCUGCAGGAGGAACGUUCCUCUAAACUGCGUGUGGAGAACAGGUUGUUAGAACUGGAGAAGAAGAACUCCAUGCUUGACUGUGAUUAUAAACAGUCAUUGCAGAAACUAGAGGAACUGCGGCGACAUAAGGAGAGACUCACAGAAGAAGUGAAGAAUCUGAAUCUGAAGAUCGAGCAAGAAGUUCAGAAACGCACUUUGACUCAGAAUGACCUAAAAGUUCAAAACCAGCAGCUCAGCACCCUUCGAACAUCAGAGAAACAACUCAAACAGGAGAUCAACCACCUGCUGGAAAUCAAACGCAGCCUGGAAAAACAAAACGUGGAGCUGCGCAAGGAGCGUCAGGAUUCGGAUGGACAGAUGAAGGAACUGCAGGAUCAGUUGGAGGCAGAGCAAUAUUUUUCCACGCUGUAUAAGACACAGGUGCGGGAGCUGAAGGAAGAGUGUGAGGAGAAAAAUAAACUCUAUAAAGAUGUGCAGCAGAGUCUACAAGAGCUACAAGAGGAAAGGGAUUCUCUUGCGGCCCAGUUAGAGAUCACACUAACGAAAGCUGACUCCGAGCAACUGGCACGCUCCAUUGCGGAGGAGCAGUAUUCCGACCUGGAGAAGGAGAAGAUCAUGAAGGAGCUGGAGAUCAAAGAGAUGAUGGCCAGACACAGACAGGAGCUCGCUGAAAAAGACACCACCAUCACCUCUUUAGAGGAAGCUAAUCGCACAUUGACAAAUGAUGUUGCGAACCUGGCCAAUGAGAAGGAAGAACUCAACAACAAGCUAAAGGAGGCACAAGACUACCUGCAGAAUCUGAAGAAUGAAGAGCAGUCCAUCACUCAGGUGAAACUGGCCCUUGAGAAACAGCUGCAGUCAGAGAGAACUCUCAAAACACAGGCGGUGAACAAGCUGGCAGAGAUCAUGAACAGAAAGGAGGUCAGAGGUGGUGGCUCUCGCCGUGGAAAUGAUACAGACGUGAGGAGGAAGGAGAAAGAAAACAGGAAGUUGCAGCUGGAGCUUCGUUCUGAGAAGGAGAAGCUCAACAGCACCAUCAUCAAAUACCAGAGAGAAAUCAACGACAUGCAAGCGCAAUUGGCGGACGAGUCUCAGGUGCGUAUCGAGCUGCAGAUGGCUCUCGACAGUAAAGACAGUGAUAUUGAGCAGCUGCGCGGCCUACUGAACUCUCUCAACAUCCAGUCGCUCGACUCUGCCAGUAUGAGCAGCGGUCCUGACAUGGACACUGACGAGUCACUACCAGAGACAAGACUGGAAGGUUGGCUGUCUUUACCAGUGAGGAACAACACCAAACGCUUCGGAUGGGAAAGGAAGUAUGUUGUGGUGAGCAGCAAGAAGAUUCUCUUCUACAACAGCGAGCAGGACAAAGAGCUUUCCAAUCCUUACAUGGUGUUGGACAUAGAUAAACUUUUCCAUGUGCGUUCGGUAACUCAGACGGACGUUUAUCGUGCUGACGCCAAAGAGAUCCCCAGAAUAUUCCAGAUCUUGUACGCAAAUGAGGGCGAGAGCAAGAAAGAGCAAGAGCUGGAACCUCUUCCUGGGGACAAGUCCAGCUACAUUUGCCAUAAGGGUCAUGAGUUCAUCCCAACCCUGUACCACUUUCCCACUAACUGUGAAGCCUGUACCAAACCCCUGUGGAACAUGUUCAAACCACCUCCAGCCCUCGAAUGCAGACGAUGCCACAUCAAGUGCCACAAAGACCACAUGGACAAGAAAGAGGAAGUCGUUGCCCCCUGCAAAGUGAACUACGACGUGUCUACGGCUAAAAAUCUGCUGUUGUUAGCCUCGUCUCAGGAGGACCAGCAGAAGUGGGUUAGUCGGCUCAUGAAGAAGAUCCCCAAAAAACCUCCCGCACCAGACGCCCCUCACCGCUCCUCUCCCAGAGUUCCUUCUAAAGUACAAAGCAGUCAAUCCAUGAGGAGACCCAGCCGACAAAUACCUUCCGGCAAACCCAGGCCUCUGGAUUUGGAGCUUCAGGACUGGCACUGGGCUCUGGAUGACGUGGAUGAUGUAGAUUAUAACCAUACGUUUAAUUUCUGAGGAGCAUGCAUAGGGUUGAAACAGGUUAACCUUAUAUUGGGAAUCUGGUGCUGCUACAUGGUGAUUUGGGGUUCUUCCUGUCACAUCAACAAAAGACCUUUGUCGUAACUUUUCGCACAUUUUGGCAAAUCCAAAAAAAGUGAGAGAUGCACAAAUGUUGAUGAAGGCUUUGCUGUCGUGAUAUGGCUUUUAUUUUCUGGGCAUGCAGUUGCUUCGACUUCAAGAGCACAACAGAUCUACACAGAACUGAAGGGUCAGAGUCACACCAAACUUCUUAUUCAUUCAAGGCCAGAGUUGACCUGAACGCUAAGACUGAACCGGCCAGAGAUUGUGGACGACAGCUGGGUCUGCCCGUAGUUUUUUUUUUUUUUUGGUUUUGUUUUGGGGGGGGGGGGGAGGGGGAGUUGACUUUCUAAUGGCUGAAUAUAGACGAUAGUGCAACACACCACAUAAAUGGUUAGAAAACACCACUACAUAUGUUUCUCAUUCCUUCAGAAAUGCAAGUGCAACUCUAGUGUUUCUUGUAGAGUGUUUUUAUAUUUGUUUACCCCACUGUGUGGUCAAAGCUUGAUUUAACCCUCUUUGAUCAUGAAUGCAUCCCAUAAUGCUCUCCUGGACACCUGUGCUGCUCACUCCCUAGUAUGAGUUGACUGUAAUCUGAGGAGGAACCACCUUUAUUAACGGGUAUGAUUAACAGUGAUCAACAUCUAGAUGUGAGCUGUGCAUGUGGGCAGGAGUUUCUAAAAUGUUUCCAGAUUUGAAAUUGAUCUGCAGUCUGUUUUUGGCCUUAUGAAUUUGAUCAUCAGCUGUUAAAAGUUGAGAUUUUGAGUUUCAUGCUAUGACUUAAGACUAAAACUGAUUCACCUUCAAAGCACAUAACUGAAAUGUUCGUAAGAUGGCGGAAUGUCUAAAAACCAUGUUUAAAUUCACUAAAGAAAUUUCUUUGAAUUUUUUUUUUCGUGAUUUGAAGUGGUCGAUGUUUGUUUUUUGUGUAUCUUCACCUUAGCAAACAGUGUGUAUCUCUGGGUGUGCUGUGAAUGCAUAUCCGUGUUCUUUUACACGUUAUAUAUAUAUAUAUAUGUAUAUGAAUAUACAGCGUAUAUUUGACCUGCCAUCUUACCAGUUGGUUUGCUAUUUAUACAGGUCUGGGCACUUUUUUUAUUUUAAAGCGCUGCCUCCAGAUUUGCAUGUUUUAUAUUGAUGUACUGUUUGACCAUAAAAUGAAAAGCAUAUGUAGCCGUGUUGUUUGGAGACCUUGUAUAACAUUUGCUUAUUUUUGUAAACAAAAGUAGUCAGUUAAAUCGGUAUAUAGCUGUGAAUGUAGUAAAAGGAAGUAAAGUUUUAAUAUAAACAAUGUGGUCAUUCCUUUGUCUGCUCUUCAUCACAGGAAUAAUAUAUAUACUUAUACCAACUAUGAUGCUUUUGUUUAAAAAAAACAAAGAAAAAAGGGGGUUAAAAAAAACAUCUUUUGCGUUCAUUAUCUGGGGUAUCCUGUUAAUUAUCAAAAGAAUGCCUCUGAAAAUGAAUUUUAAAAAUGAUAAUUUUUAUUUUAUAAAUACGUAAUAAAGAAUAAAAAAAAUUCCACACAAAAGGAAUGUUUAUUGAUUUAUAAAAUCCAAAAGAUCUAUUAAAGUACUUAGGAAAGAGACAGUUGUGCUUUAUAGACCUAAAAAUCAUUGAAAUCUUCAUGAACAUUUUCUAAUAAUCUUGUACUUGAACAUUGCUUGAUCUGAGUGACUUCAGAAGAGUCCUACUGUUUGUUUUUUCUUCAGUAAUAUAAAGUGAAUAAGCUUAACACAACAUCAGUAAUAUAUGAAAGGUAUCCAGUUCAGAAAACCCUGCCUUCAUUAUAUCAGCAUAUGAUACAGUUCAAUAUAAAACAGUGCAUAUUUCAGCAUAUGUAAACAUCAUCCCUGUGUGAACUACAAUAAACAGUCUGAUCAGCAGCCUGAUAUCAUUAAAUCAAUUUGAACAGUUCUUUAGCUGAAAAUUGAAAACUACCAAA